UAACAAGAAAAAGCGGUGCAGUUUACGUUUUCCAGAAAACUCUGUUACUCCUUCUCAAUUUCGAAACCCUAAACCCAAACCCAAACCCAAACCCGAACACUAGAGCCAAAUACCGACGGCCAUGGCAUAUCACGCCGGAGACAACAACGACGACGGCCAAAAUCGCCGGCUCUAUAAUCCAUACCAAAAUCUUCAAGUUCCAAUUAAAACACUUUACAAGCUCCCCUCUUCCCCCGAAUUCCUAUUCCAUGAAGAAUCUCUCGCACAACGCCGAUCAUGGGGAGAAAACCUAACGUUCUACACUGGCAUCGGUUAUCUCUCCGGUUCCGUCGUUGGGGCAGGUAAAGGAUUUAUUGAAGGCGUUAAAGCUUCUGAGCCUGGGGACACGUUGAAGCUCCGGAUUAACAGAAUAUUAAACGGGUCGGGUCACACUGGUAGGAAGUUCGGGAAUCGGGUCGGAGUUAUUGGGCUGAUGUAUGCGGGUUUGGAGAGUGGGAUGGUGGCGAUCAGGGAUACGGACGAUGUUAUCAAUAGCGUGGUGGCGGGUUUAGGGACUGGAGCAUUUUACAGGGCGGCGGCGGGGUUGAGGUCCGCGGCUGUUGCUGGGGUUAUUGGUGGAGCUGUUGUUGGGCUUGGAGUUGCCGCGAAACAGGCGAUGAAACGAUACGUACCAAUCUGAGCUUGUUUUUGAUAGGUUUGUAGCUUUGAAGUUUCAAUUGUUACUGAAAUUUUGAUGAUACCUUGAGAAAUUGUUCCCACGUUGAGUAGUAAUGUAAUUAUUUCAUUAAAGGUGCAUGCUUUCUAGAUAUAUUCGAUUAUCGUAUUAUUUUGAUGUAGUUAAAGUUCAGAAUGCUUUGUUAUGCUUUU